UCAUCCCAUUCUUAGGGUUUUCGUGGUUCUGUUUGUUAUCCUUUCUCUUCUUCCCGGUCGGAAAGUGUUCCGGCGAGUUCUCCCAACAGGAUUCCCGACCUACGGUUAUUCCAUUUUUCUCGUAAAAAUACAGAAACUCCAAAGAACAUCUCUGCGCUUUCUGAAGCCAAGAGUCUUUAGUGCUUUUAUUUUCGCUCAGUUUCCAUCUUCAGCUAUGCUCAAUUUGUUUAUAAUUAAAAAAUUCCAGCUGAAAUUUUAAUAUCUUUUAGCUGUUUGUUUGGAAUCCCCUGAUUCGACGCAAAACAAAUAAGUUUCUAAUUUUGCUGGGAUUAGAUAUGGCAAGUCGACGUGGUUCGUUGAGGCGAAGUUUAUCAACGGUAAGUAUAUCACCAGCGAGAAAAAGAAUAUCGGAGAGUGGAGGUUCCGAAUGUAUCCGAACAUUCUUACCAUCUUCUCGUUCUAUGGCACUUUCUGGAGAGCGUACUGUGAAGAAGUUGCGGCUAUCAAAGGCUUUGACAGUACCUGAUAGUACAAGCAUUUAUGAGGCUUGCCGCAGGAUGGCUGCUCGUAGGGUUGAUGCUUUAUUACUCACCGACUCUAAUGCAUUACUUUGUGGAAUCCUCACGGACAAGGACAUAGCACUACGAGUAAUUGCUCGGGAGCUUAGUCUGGAGGAGACACCAGUUUCCAAGGUGAUGACUAGGAAUCCUGUCUUUGUUCUUUCUGACUCUCUUGCUGUGGAGGCACUCCAGAAGAUGGUCCAAGGAAAAUUUAGACACUUGCCUGUUGUAGAGAAUGGGGAAGUCAUUGCUUUACUUGAUAUAGCUAAGUGUUUGUAUGAUGCUAUUGCUCGAAUGGAAAGGGCAGCCGAGAAGGGAAAAGCCAUUGUUGCAGCUGUUGAGGGUGUAGAAAAAAAUUGGGGAACACCUUUAUCUGGCCAGAGUACAUUCAUUGAGACACUUCGGGAGCGUAUGUUCAGGCCGUUACUGUCUACAAUUAUUACAGACAAUCCAAAGCUUGUAACGGUUUCACCUGAUGACACAGUUUUAGCCACUGCAAAAAAGAUGCUUGAAUCUCAAUUUAAUUCUGCAGUUGUGACAGUUGACAAAAAACCACGAGGGAUCAUAACUUCAAAGGAUAUAUUGAUGCGGGUAAUAGUGCAAAAUCUGCCUCCAGAGACUACUACUGUAGAGACUGUCAUGACUCCUAACCCAGAAUGUGCAACAGUUGACACACCAAUUGUUGAUGCUUUGCAUACCAUGCAUGAUGGGAAAUUUUUACACCUUCCUGUGGUAGAUAGAGAUGGAGAGAUUGUUGCUGUUGUUGAUGUACUCCACAUUACUCACGCCGCUGUUGCCACAAUAAGUCAAGUUGGUACUGCCUCUGGAAUCAAUAAUGAGACUUCCACAACGAUGAUGCAAAGGUUUUGGGAUUCUGCGUUGGCCUUACCACCCAAUGAAGUCAAUGAUGACGCUCGAAGUGAUAAUUCUUUGAAGCUGGCUUCUGUAGUAGCUGAGACAGGGAGAGUUCUUCCCUAUCCUUCAACCAAUUUGCCGAAUACAUUCGGUUUCAAAAUACAAGACAAAAGGGGUCGAAUGCAUAGAUUCUUUUGUGAUACACGGAGUAUGACAGAUCUAAUAACUGCAAUCCUUCAUAGACUGGAGGAUGACAUAGACAGGAACAGGGUACCUCAAAUUCUGUAUGAAGAUGAAGACCAUGACAAAGUUGUCCUGACAUCGGACAGUGAUCUCGCAGCUGCUGUGGAGCAUGCAAAAUUAGUUGGUUGGAAGGGUUUGAGGUUGCAUUUAGACUAUUCAGGAGAGCAAAACCAUCGAAGGGGUUCGGGUUCAGGAAGCUUGGAUUAUGCUCAAUCUGAUUCGUGGGCUGCCGCGUACAGCGCGGUGGCAGCCGGGGCUGCUGUUGUUGCUGGGCUGGGGUUAUUAGCAUACCUGAAGAAAGCCGGUAACUAGCAUUGUUAGGAACUUCCCAUUCAUAAAAAUGGCUCAAAGGCAUUUCUUGUGCUUGAUUUUCCCCUAAUUUAUUAGGUCAACAUGCAAUAGCAUAGAGGUGAACGAGUCUUUUUGUUUUAUGGGUUCUUCUUUGCUGCCUUCAUAUUUUAGAAUAUUGAACUCAAAACUGUGGUCUUCUCCCAUGGUUUAUCUCUGAAAAUUUUGACACUUGUUGAAGGGUGAAAUCACCUUUUUGUAAGGAAAAUAAACAGAGUUGCAUUUCAUGAAA